AUGACUCUCAAGAAACACAAAGAUCCUAUUAAAUUCGGUCUUUUUAUUUCAGUAAUGUGUGCUCUCUACAAGUCCUUAUUGUGCUUUUUGAGAAGAUUUUCAGAUAAUGAUAAGAUUAAUGCAAGUGUCGCUGGAUUCGUCUCUGCCUUUGCCAUAUUACUAGAUGCUAAAUCUAGAAGAAUGAUGAUUGCCUUGAUAUUUUUUGCAAGAGCCCUAGACGCUUUAGUGACUAUGCUUGAAAGAAGAGGCAUCAUUAAGAAAUACGAUUAUUUUGAAGUUUUGCUGUGGAAUAUCAUGAUUACUUUUAAUUAAUAUACUGUGUCCUAUGAGGCAGACGUCAUGAAUCCAACUUUCUUAAAAUUCCAACAUAGGUUUUCUCAAAUGACGAAAAACGAUAUUUUGUUGUGCGACUUAUGGGCAAAAAGUUUACUUAUAUAAUAAGGAAAAAAUAAUUGA